CUCAUUAUCUCAUCAAAGGGUCACCACAGCCCUGUGAGCUGGAGACUUUUGCUUCUCCCACUUUAUAGAAGAGAGAGCUGAGGCUCAGGGAAAUUAACUUGCUCAGGCUCACUCAGUGGAUUCGAGGAUUCAGGCCCGUGCUCUUAACCACUAGGCUAUACUGCCUCAAAGAAGGCCUUCCUGGAGGAGGCUGGGUGCGAGGGGUUUCAAUCAAGCAAAGGGAAGGGCAUUUCUGGUAGAGGGAGCUCCUUGAGCAAAGGCACAGAAGUGGGAAAGUAAAUGUAACGUCAUGGGAAGAAGCUGUGUCUGAUUGGAUCGUCUGCUGUGUGCGUGCCUGCAUGUGUGUGCGUGUGCUUGCGUGCAGGGCUAUUGGGGGGGAGACGAGGCUGGGCAACCUCUAAUUUCGCAACAGUCCUUGUGGGAGUUGCCUGUAGUGCUUUGGGAGCUGGGGUCCCUCUGAUUGCUGUGUGACCUUGCACAAGUCCCAUCCUUCUCUGGGCCUCAGUUUUAUCGUCUGUCAAGUGAGGAGGUUGGGCAGAGGGUCUCUGAGGCUGAUGAGUGGCAACCAGUCUACCAGGGCUCUGUUCCAGGAGGCCAUAGAAGAGGGGAAGGAUCAGGCCAGGGAAGGAGGAUUGCAGAAAAAUGCGGAGUAUUUCAGAGGUCAGGGGGGACUGGGGAAUGUUUUGACAGCAAAGAGGUCGUCUGUGACCUUGGCAAGCUUUGGCCCUUUUGGAAUGGAGGGAGCGGAAGUGGAUUUGGAGAGGGGCCAGGAAAGGGCUGAGCUGGCGGAAAUGGGAGAGAGAAGACAUGAAAAUGGGGAGAGGAAGGAUGUUUGCUGUGGGGCAGGGAUGGGUAAUGAGAUGAACAAGGCCACCCCUGAUGGAUUGGUAUUGCCAGCCAGGAGCCUUUUAUUGAGAAACAGUCCGAAGCCUUUAAAUCAGAGGGAAUAGGGCUGCAGUUGAUUAGCAAUGUCUGCCAAGGACACAGGCGACAGGCGUGGCAGCACAUAGUCUGCCGCCCUUGCUUAGAUGAAUAUCGAGUUGAAAGUGGUGGUCCAGGCAUCUCCAUACAGAGAGGAAGCCUCAGGAAUUAAGAAUUAUGGGGGGAAAUACCUCUGGCUCUAGGCACUUCUCCAUGACCUUUUGCUAAACUGAGGGUAGUUUGCCUCAUGGCAAGAUAGCGUUUACCUGAUGGUUAGGAACUUGGGCUUUAAGUGUCAAAUAGACAAAUAAUUUGGCAAAUUACUUGUCCUUUGAGCCUCAGUUUCCUCCUCUGUGAAAUGGGAAUGAAAGAAUGCCAGCUUGCAAGGUAGCUGUGAGUGUUAGAGGUAAUGGUAAGAGCUGCUGCUUUGUUGUUACUGUAGCUCUGUUUUGCCCUGAUGGUGGCAAUAUUCUUGGUUUCUUUGAGAGCAAGGCCCAUGUCUGAGUUGCUCCAGGGCUCCCAUCACCAAACCCAGGACUGGGACACCUCGGGGACUUUCUGAUUGUCUUUGGAGGAUCAAAUGAAAUAGACUCAUGGUUGAUGGGACAGAGGAUGGGGUCACUUCGGGGUCUUCUCAGUGGGGGUUGGCUUCAUGUGGGGUGGAGGCCUAAGGGCAGAGGCUGGAGGGCAGUGGUCCAGGGUCCAGAGCUGAGGAUGGGGUUGGGGCGUUGCAGGCCUGAAAGCCUUGGGGUUGUCUGGGUUCCUUCACUCAGGAAUGCCAGCUGCAUGCCAGGCUCUGGAUGACAGGUUAACAAAUUCCUCCUCACCUGGGUCUCAGUUUGGGAGACGAGGUACUCCUGUGAAUUCUUGUAUGACCCCUCCCACAGUGAAGACCACACUUCCCCUCCUGUCCCUCUGCCUGCUCAGGGCCCUCUCUCAUGUGGGUGGGGUGAAAUGGAGGCCUCUUUCCAACUCUCCCUCCUGGUCUGUUUCACCACCCAGUGAGCCAGGCUCAUCCCCUCAUUUCCCAACCUUCCUGACCUCAGUCGUGAUCAGAGCUUUCAGAGGACCCUUCCCAUGUGUCCUGCUGUGUGCCGUUGCUGUAGCCCAGGCAUUAUUAGUCUCAAAGAGGAGAGGGGCCUUCCCCAAGACCAUGCAGGUGGGGGGAAGCAGAGCUGGGAUUCGAACCCAGGUCUUCCGGAUUCAGUGGCCUUCCUAUGAUGGUUUUUGAGCAGUCACCUGCCCCUUUCCCCACUAAGCCUUACCCCACGCCCACCCUCCUUGGGCUGCUGUCUCUUUCCUGGUCUCCCUCCUCCCUACCUUUUGGUCUCUGUGGCUGUGCAGAUGGAGGAAAGCAGGCCAGACUGGGGCCAUGGGAACCACCCAGUUUUGAAUUGUGACUCCAACCCUUUACUCAUUGUAUGUGGCCUUUGUCUGACGACUUCACCUCUCUGAGCCUCAGUUUCCUAAUCCGUAAAGUGGGAAUAAUACCCAUCUCACCGGAUUGCGUUGAAGAUUCAAUAAGAAAAUGGCAUGGUUUGCCCUCAGCAAGUGUUAACAUUGAAGUUAAGGGUCUGGGCUUCGGAUCUGAAAAUGAGAGUUUGAUUCUUGGCUCUUGCACUUGCUGGCUCUGUGGACUUGGUCAUGUGAUUUCGCCUCCCUGGGCCUCCGUGUCUUUGUCUGUAAAUGGGUAUGAUAAAAGUGUCUGCCUCAUAGGUCCUCAUGAGGAUCAAUGAGAAGAUUUUAUGUAACGCUUCCUACCAUGGUGCCUGAGCUGCCUGAGAACUGGACAGACACUCGGGAGACGCUGCUCGAGGGCAUGCUCUUCAGCCUCAAGUACCUGGGCAUGACGCUGGUGGAGCAGCCCAAGGGUGAGGAGCUGUCGGCCGCCGCCGUCAAGAGGAUCGUGGCCACGGCCAAGGCCAGUGGGAAGAAGCUGCAGAAGGUGACUCUCAAGGUGUCGCCACGGGGGAUCAUCCUGACCGACAACAUCACCAACCAGCUCAUUGAGAACGUGUCCAUUUACAGAAUCUCCUACUGCACAGCAGACAAGAUGCAUGACAAAGUGUUUGCGUACAUCGCACAGAGCCAGCACAACGAGAAUCUUGAGUGCCACGCUUUCCUCUGCACCAAGCGGAAGAUGGCCCAGGCUGUCACCCUCACAGUAGCCCAGGCCUUCAAAGUCGCUUUUGAGUUUUGGCAGGUAUCCAAGGAAGAGAAGGAGAAGAGGGAGAAAACCAGCCAAGACGGAGGGGACAUCCUGGCGGGGGGCCGCCGAGACAGCACCCCUUCGCUGAAGAGCCUGGUCGCCACUGGGAACCUGCUGGACCUGGAAGAGACAGCCAAGGCCCCGCUGUCCACGGUCAGCGCUAACACCGCUAACGUGGACGAGGCACCGCGACCUCAAGCCUUAAACAGCAGCAGCGUUGUCUGGGAGCUGGAUGAUGGCCUGGAUGAAGCAUUUUCAAGGCUUGCCCAAUCUCGGACGAACCCUCAGGUCCUGGACACUGGACUGACAGCACAGGACAUUCAUUACGCCCAGUGCCUCUCGCCUGUCGACUGGGACAAGCCUGACAGCGGUGGCGCCGAGCCGGAUGACCUCUUCAACUUCUGAGGCCUGGGGCUGGCGGGACACGUGACAAACCAAAGCCACCCACGUCGGGGGCGGGGCCAGCUCCAGGACCCCCAGCCAGUGUCCUUCAGUCGGCAGCGCUGUCAGUCUGCAGAUGAGAGCUGCAACCAGUCAAGCAGAGGGAAGGAGAGAUUCUUUUUUAACCCCGUUCUUUCUCUGAGAACUGAAAGAUGCCUUGAAUAUUUAUUCAGUGACUCCUGGUUCAACUCAGAAGCUGGUUGUGCAUCAGGCGCGAGCGCAGUGUUAUAACCAGCUUUCUGCCCUCUCUUGAGCGAGCUCUGCUCCACUGUGGGUGUCAGGAUGGUGGCCAAAGCAUUUCUUGUCCCUUCUCUUCAAGGGCCCAGAUUUCCCUGGAGGUGCCCUUGCUCCUUACUGAAAGUAGUCGGAUCGUUCAUUUCUGUCAUCCUUUGAGCACAGGAGGGCGACACAGCCGCGGGAGGAGACUGUGACAUCCAGCCCGCCUUCCGUGGGGGGCCCAGCGGGCCGGGGCUUGGGCUCCUGGCCCUGGGGGCUCUCAGAGACAGAGGGGCAGCCCCUGACCAAAGACAACACGUGGCAGGCACUUUAAAGCACACACAGCAGGUGUGGCCCCCAGCUCCUCGACGGUGCUGCGUUGCGUAGAGCUUUCUUUCUGCCCUUCUUCCGAGAGACGAGGCCCAAAGUCCCCGGCGGUGCUUGGAACCGGUGUAACUGGCUGCCCUGGACUCCCAGAGUCUGCCUGCGGCGGUGGGGUCAUCUGUGUGACCACCUCCUGCAGAGCUCCCAUCCCGCCCUUCCCCCUCCACGUGGAUGAAGUUUUCCCGCGCCGCUCUUUGGUCUGAGCCCCACCUCCCCGUACUUCCUGAGAUAGUGCGUGAAACCUAACACCUAGAUUUGUUUGCGAAUGUUUGGUUGCCAGUUUCUAGAUGAGGAAACUGAGACCACGCGCGUGGAAGGGGGAGAGUCAGGAGUAGAACCCAGAUCUGGUGCCAAAGCUGCCUUCUCCCCCACACCUCUCACAACUCGCACCUCCUUUUUUCUGGCUUUGUUGUCCUCCCAGGAACCAAAAAGCCCCAGCUAUUUUCUGACCAAAAUGUGUUUCAUAACAAACCAUCUGGUGCCUUUACUCACGUAACUGGCAUGAGCCUGUGUGCCCUGCUAGCUGUCUCGCUGUUGAUUUCUGUGGAAAUGGAAGUGUUUGAAGUCUGCUAAUUCAGAGGGUGAAACAGAACCAAACUUCAUAAGCAUCACGCUGUUCCUUCCUGAUGCUCCGACCCCAGGUCGGGGACGUACCAGCAGCAACCUGCCUUCAGAGUCUCCCCUCCUCUCCUUUCACCCCCAUGGGGCUCCCAGCAAAGCCGCCAGCACCUUCUUCAUCCUCGGGUGCCUCCCAGGCCUGGCUUUACCAAGCUUAAGUCUCUGGUGAUAGUCGGAGCAGGUUUCACCAGCCCAGGAAACACACCGUUUCUUAGAAUCUACGUAUCUAACUAAGCAUCUGAAUCAAAACACAGAGACAGGAGUGCCUGGGUGAGAGGUGGGGUGGGAUUGCCUUUAUCAAAAUGUAAAGAUAACUUCCGUUCCCUGGCCCAGCUCCUGCACCCCCGCUGCCCACCCCAGAUCUCCUUGGUAUCAGCCCCUGUAUUUGUCGUGAGGCAGCAGGGCUUGGACCUGACACAGGCCACCCUUGGCACGAGGGUCCAGGAGACCUGAGAAAGGCUGUGCUGUGUUUGUGUGAGUCUCCAUGGGGCCUUCAUCUGGUCUCUGGCCAACAGUGGUCAGUGUGCUCCCCUUGUGUCUACAAAUAAGUUUUGUUGUGCUUUACUUUGUGUUGCUGUAAAGGAAGUUCUAAUGAGGAAAAAAAUAAGUAAUAAAUGUUCUCUUUUUGAAAUACAAA